AUGAUUUUAUUGAUUAAAGAAAUUAGAACUAUACCCGGAACAAAAGCAGACAAUGCAGAAAUGUGGUCUUUGGAAGAAAAUAAGGAAAUUAAAGAAAAUCAGGUGGGAAUUGAAAUUAAUCAAUUAGAAGAAAAUGGGGAAAUUGAAGCUACUAAUCUCGUAAAAAAAUCAAAGGAAGAUAAUAACAAUAGCUAUUUAAGUAAAUUAUUAUGGAAUGCAGUAGCAUUAGAUACUGCUAUAUCAAUGUUGGACCUUCUGCGAGAAGAUGACGAUGAUACCACCAGAAAUAGAAGCAGCAAAUUAUCAUGGGAACGAUGA